AUGACGGCCUUCGCCAUCCCGCUCGCCUCUGCGACACUGCUACCUGCCACGCCACCUGGCUUCCGCUUCGAGGUCCUGCACGAGUCGCGCAAGCCCGGCUCGCGAGCGCGCGUCGGCCGCAUCCACACGCCGCACGGAGUCAUCGACACGCCAGGCUUCGUUCCCGUCGGCACGAACGCCGCGCUCAAGGGCAUGACGAAUGCCCAGGCGGCCUCCUGCGGCGUGCAGCUGCAGUUCUGCAACACCUACCACCUCAUGGUGCACCCUGGCGUGGAGGUGGUCGAGGCGGCGGGCGGGCUGCACCGCUUCAUGGGUCGACCCGACGGCCCGCCGCUGAUCACCGACUCGGGCGGCUUCCAAGUCUUCUCGCUCGGCAAGGAGACGAACGACGACGCGCCGGAGCUCAAGCGACGUGCGGCGGCGCGGGGCCGCAACGCGGGCACGCUGCUCUCGAUCAGCGAGCGAGGCGUGCGCUUCCGCUCGUACCGCGACGGCACGGUCCUGAGGCUGACGCCCGAGUCCGCGGUGCUCGCACAAAAGUCGCUCGGUGCCGACAUCAUCAUCCCGCUCGACGAGCUCCCUCCGCUCAACGUGACGCGGGAGCGGCUGGCGCGCUCCGUCGAGCUGUCGCACCGUUGGAUGACUCGCUCGCUGCACACGCACCUCGCCGACCCGCGCCAGCAGGCCAUGUACGGCGUGGUGCACGGCGGCACGGACCGGCAGCUGCGAGCCCACUCGGUCGAGUACCUCUCCGGGCUGCCCUUCGACGGCUACGCGGUCGGCGGCUCGCUCGGCAGGGACCGCGACGAGAUGCUCGCGCUGCUCGGCUACGUGCUGCCGCUGCUGCCGCGAGAGCAGCCGAACCAUGUCCUCGGUAUCGCGGACCCGGCCUCGGUGGAGCGCGGUGUGCCGCUUGGCGCAGACACCUUCGACUCCUGCUUCCCAACGCAAAUCGCGCGGCACGGCACUCUGCUCACGGCAUCCGGCCGAAUACACAUCGGGCAGGGCAAGUACAAGUCGCAGCACGACUGCCCGAUCGACCCGGAGGCAGCCUCGGGCGCCGACUGCUGCGACGGUGUGUCGCGCGCGUACAUGCACCACCUCUACAAGCAGCGCGAGCCGCUGUACGAGACGCUCGCCUCGAUGCACAACGUCCGCUUCAUGAUGCGCAUGAUGGCCACGCUGCGGGAGAGGAUCCUUGCGGACGAUUUGUAG